CUUGUUCUCUUCAGGACUGCAGAGGGACCUGGUCACGCGUGGACGUCGGCGUUUGAAAUCGUUUGUCUUCUUGCGGUGUCAUCAUGCGCUGGCUGCUGGCGGGAUGCUGUGUGCUCGCUCUGAUCGGUCUCUCAGAGGCCCUGAGCGCUAUCCAGAGGCCCCGGUUCUACGGUGUAAAUACCGGCCGCAACGUGGGCUUGUACUGUAUCUCAAAGCCACCGCAGCGAACCACCAUGCGUUGGUUCAAGGCCAACAAGUACGAUGAUGACAAAGACCCCGUGGUAGAGGAAGGAAGGAUUAGUUUUCAUGUCCGGCAUGAAGUCGAAAACUCCUAUCUCCACAUCAGAAAAGUGCAAGUAGAGGACAGCGGAGUGUACUUCUGCGAGAUGGAGAACGGCACGUGGGGGCCCGGAACUCAACUCAUAGUCCUCAAGGCCACAAACCUUUCCAGCGCAGCUCGCAUCACCAUGCUGAAGGACGCUCUCAUCUUCCUCCAGGGCCUCCUGCUGGCUGCGGCUGUCACUGCCAUCCUGCUGCGGGGAAGAAAAGUGUCAGAAAAGACGGAUAUCAUAUAUGAGGAGCCUGAGACUGAUCACAUCUAUGAGGGUCUGGAGAUCGAGAGGUGUGACGGAGGACUGUAUGAGGAGCUGUCGGUUUACGCCCAGGCUGACGAUGCUGAGGCCCCGUGGGAGUGAGCUGAACCUCAAACAGUUUCACAACAAGUUCUGAUCACACAUUCAUGGUUAUUGAUGGUGAAGUGAAAAAUAACUAUCUUGUGAACACGAUAUCUACAGAACACCUUCAGGGAAUAUCUUUAAAUUUGGUGCAGAUGUGAACUCGAGAACGGACUGAUUAGAAUUCGGUGGUCAAAAGGUCAAAGGUCACCUCAUAUUAUUUUGAGUGCAAAAUGUUGUGUAUUAUUUCAUGAUGUCUCUUCUGACAUCGUUCAAUGUUGUACCUGCAACAUAUAUACACGGAUAUGUUGUUUGAUCUUAUCCUGAUCGUCUGUCUGUCUUUUGUUUUCAGUAACGGGUUCAGAAGUAAUAAACAAAUUUGCAUUUUG